GCUUUUCUACGAUAUAUAUUGCUGUAUUGUGUGUUCGAGAAAUGCUUUGAAUUGAUGGGGAAAUAUCCGAAUACCUGUACUUCAGGCAUUUUGUACAUAAUAUUUUGUACAUACCACAAAGUGUGAUGAGUUCGGGUAGUACACAGAAGAUGGGCAAAGGAGGCACGAGGGAUCGUGGGAACAAAACUGCUACGGCAUCGGCACAGUCGGCAAAGAGCAAUGCUGCGGACGGCCACGCGAAAACUCCAGAUGGCUUCAACCCCAAAAUACAGCCAACUGCGGAGCAGAUUCGCUUGGCACAGAUUAUCAAUGAUUCCAGCAAGGCAGAUGACCCAGAUAUUCAGAAGAAAGUACAACAGGUGAUGGAAGUUACCGGUGGGUCAAGCGAUGCAGUCGUAAUAGCACUGCACGACAGUGACAACGACCCUGCACGAGCCAUAAACUUGCUUCUGGAAGGAAACCAGCCUGAGAGCGAGUGGGAGACAACGGGAAAAAAGAAGAAACAACGCGAAGUAGUGCCAAAGGGUCCAGAAGCCAUGGCCGGCAACAAGGAGAACCGUGGUCGAGGCGAUGGUCCUCGCUCUCGGGGAGGUCCUCGUUCUCAGGGUCCCCCUCGCAACUGGAAGAACAAGGAAUCCGAGAAAAACGAGAGGAAUCUAGAAGACGGACGCGAGGGUCGGCCACGAGGGGCUCGACGAGGCAGAGGAGGCCGUGGUGGGGAAAGGGGUGGUCGUGGCAGCCGUACCUUUCAGAACAGGGGUUACGGAUCUGACAGCACCUUCCCCCACGCUAUGGACACCUGGACCAACAGCGCACCGGAGAGUACGCAGCCGUCGGGCGACACCAUGACUGUGGGCAAUUGGAACUCUGAUUUCACAGCAAGCGAAGACUGGAGCGAGGAAGAUUGGACUGGUCAGCUGGAAACAAAGGUGUUCACCCCGAGCACCCACGUAGCUGCCGCUGCCGCAACCAGUCAGCCACCCACGGACUCUGGGACUGUCGCGACCGGAGGCUCGGAGCAGGUCUCUGCGGUUAGCAUAAUGGAACUUUUGAAAAGUGGUGCUGAAGCAUCCGCCGCGGCGGCAGCAGCAGCAGCGGCGGCUCCCGCUCCCCACCAACCCCCAACAGCCUACAGUGUUGCGCAGUACAACCAACAAGCGACAGAGACAAUCAAAGCAGCCGUAGGAAUGAGCACGUCAACGCCGUACUCCUUGGCGGCAGCGGGACCGACACCAAUGUACAACUCUGUGACUUCUUCAUCUAGUGAAACAAAUAUGGUGUCAACAGUGUCAAAGGGUGGGUCACCAGCAGCUGCAUCAUUGCCACCACGCUCCAAGCCAGCACGGGUGAGGGUACCACCUCCUUCCAAGAUACCCGAGUCUGCCGUUGAAAUGCCCGAUGAUGCAGUUACCUCUCUUGACGUCCAGUUUGGUGGACUGGAAUUUGGGGCCGACACAUUCGAUUUUGCCGCAACAUCGGAUAGCAUCACAACAGGUUCCCAGCAAGCUCCAAUGUCUUCAUCUGCAUUUGCGGACGCUCACGCAGUCAGCAAGAGCAACGCAAGUGGCAACCUGCCCUCACUACCUGCAUCACAGACAGCGCCGCUGAGCAGUUCUCAGGCGCAGAUGUCAUCCCAGACGCAGGGACAAAUGUCCCAGCAUGUCAAAGAGUCGGCCAGUUCUGCGCCUCAGGGUAUGAGCGUACUCAGCGGAAGUCGGCCACCGGGUAUACCAGCACAGGGUUCAUCGGGAAGAAAAGAGACAGCUGCGGCGGUCAACAGCAUGAUUGGUCAAAGUACAACGCCUGCGUCGUCUGGACAGAAGGUGAACAGCGGGAUGGCAGCGGACCACAUGCUCCUGCAGUCAUCGCAACACAUUCCAGAUCCAAAGUCCACAAACGUGUCUGCAUCCAACAAAAUGUACGGUGGUGUGCAGCGAAGUUCUCAGGGCCUCGAUGGCACGACAUCACUAGGUGGUGCUUCUGCAGUAGGAGUGAAGGCUUCGGUUGCAGAACAGCCAAUGUACUCAUCCGCAGGGGCACAUCCGUAUGGGGGCGCAUCAUCGGGCGUAUCCUACCAGGGGGUGCCGAAGGGACUGGGAGGUGGAGUGUGUGCUCCCCUUGCCCAGAACUUUGCAGCAUCAGUGGCGUCUUCGCAGCAUUACUACCCUCAGCAGCCAGCCUCUGCGUUUGCCCAGCAGCAGAGCAAUGGUUACCAGACACCCUACCAAGGCAAUGCCUACGUUCCGUCUGCACAGGCCAGCAGUUACGGCGUUUCUUCCAAACUGUCUGGAUCUUUGAGUGGACAUCCUGUUAAGGAAUCUGUACUGGAUGCAUCACAGUCAUCGAGCGUUCAGCACAGCUACGAAGGUUCGCACUCGUCGAACAGCGUUACGGGCGUCCUGCAGGCUGGAGCAAUGCCGGCACUCGCAACGACAGCGUCCUCACUGGCUGGGGCCACGGCCACAACUUCUGUGCUCAAGAAUUCAAUGUCCGCAAGCAAGGCUCUUCCAAACAUGCCUCCAGGUGUCCCUGCUGCAGCGAUGCUAGGCCACCAGUAUGUCAUGGGAAAUGUUCCAUUCUAUGGUUUGCAGCAGCCUCUGUAUAGCUACGAAGACCUGCAAGUGCUCCAGUCUAGAUUUCCGACGCUGGGCUACUAUGACAUGCAGUUCCAGGUUCCCACUAGCAUCACUGGAAGGGAUCUGGGUUUGAACAACAUUGCAUACGCUGACACCAAAUUCAGCCGUGGGGAGAGCAGUGACAGUUCUCCUGCUGGAGCAUCUCAGGGCGGUCAACAAGGUGGAGGCUCUGCACAGGGUUCAGGACAGGGGACAGGCCCCAGCCACCAACAGGCCUACCUCAAUGCCCUUCACCCUGGCUACGGCUACUACUUUCCUGGUGGCAUGAUGCCUGGUUCCAUUCACCCGUACGGCCCUCCUCCUCCCCCACCCAUUUUCCCCGUGCCUCCGGCCACAAAUGCACAUGGUCCCACGUCUAGUGGCCAGUUCCAGAAGGCUAAUGCUUACAGCUCACAUUCAUUUGCCUCUGGAGGAUAUGAGAGCCUGACACAGACCCCGGACUAUACCAAAGGUGCCUACGGAGCUGGCUCCCAAGGACAGGCUAAAGGGAUGUCUGGAUCAUUGGGUUCUGGCAGUUCAGCUGAUAUCCCAGGAUCUGGGUACAGUAAAUCCCAUGCUCAUUUAGCAAAGUCUUUUGAGAAGCCUGGAUUCCACGCUGUGACACCACCACCUGCUUUUGCCCCUUUUGUUUCCCUCUUAGCCCCUCCUCAGGGGCUUAAAGGUCAUGCCUCUACUUCUGUGGUUGCCAGCACAGUUUCUCAGACCUCCAGACAUAGCUACCCCUACUGGAACGGCAACUAACUGUGCCCAACUGUGUGUGGAAGACUGCCCUUUAUGUUGUAUCUCUUGACCCCUCCCCCUUUUUUUUUUCGGCAUGACUGUUGUUUAUGAAGAGCCCUGACUGAGAAAUGACACGAUGGAAUGCCUCAACGCAACAUGUACGUGGCUUCUCUUCCGUUGAGUGCCAACGUCAUCGUUUAUUUGUAGAGUAGCGCAAGAAGCUAUUUCGGAGUGCUCCAGUGAAAUUUGCAACUAAAUAUUGGUGCGACUACCCGUUGCUUUUGUACAUUUGUGUUUGGAUGAGAGCCGCAGCCUCUGCUGGCUACGGUCAAAGCCCCGUUGCCAUUGGCUGUGAGUUGUUCCUCUGUCGUUUUGAUUUGUUACACACACUAUCUGGCGUUAACGAAUAGCAAGGAGUAUUUCCACCCGAGGUCCUGUGUAGGAGCAGCACGUUUACAAGUGCGGAAGCAGUUUAGCAAGAAUCACAGCAAAACUGCAGGAUUUUGUGCAGGAAGUGCUCUCACUACAACUUCCCUUCUGCACCCUGUGUUGCAGUCCGGAAGACAAUCGAGAUUUUUAUGUGUAUGUUGGGGGCCUCUCGUUCUAGGCGGACUUUGUGACGUUGUGGGGGAUCAAAGCAGGGGCCCGCGUAACCCAAAGUAGCCGUGAGGAAAGUGGCACUUUUUUUUGUUGGUGUGUUUACCGUGUUUUUCUCUCUUCUGCUUUACACAUGUAGAGGAAUUCUCACACAACUGUACAUAUAAGCGUAUUGUUUUCUGUUGUUUUUCUCGUUUGUCAGUGCUAGGAAAGGAAGGGGUCCUAUCUAUUGUCUCGUGUGGCACGUUUUUCGUUGUUCGGCAGUGUACAGUUUUUAGUGUGUGCACGCUUUUUGUUGUGAGCACAUCAAUGUGUAGGGUGUGCUUUAUUAUCUUUCUUCUCCCCCCCACUUAUGAGUAACAGAAAGUUGGGCAUGUAACUGACUGGAAACGAUCAUACCAACCCCCAGAUGUGUUAUUUUCCAAUUGCAGUCUAGAUGCAUUGUCCGUUGUGCAGUCGGUAUAAAUAUAUAUACAUACAUUUAUAUAUAUUUGGUAGGGUGAAGGACGACAUGUGUAAAAAAUAAUGUGUGCUAAGAAAACGGGAGUGUGAAAAUAAAACUGUAUAUAUCCACCUUAUCCUGUAUGACAUCUUGUUUUGAAGAGUCGAUUGGUAUUUUUGCUGUGCAGAGCGAGAUUUCACGACGCAAGUCAAGCCACAUUUUUGUCUUUCUGGAGAAAUAUAAAUGCUUCUACUUUGUGAAAAGCAGAUCUUUGGAAAAUAAAUAUAAUGAAUCAUUCUGA